AGUUCAGCAGGAGACAAGUGUGCGCUCCGCGAAAAGCUCACAAACACUACCGCUCUUUCAGCGAAUAGGGAACUGGUAGCGAAGAAAAACAAAACGGUGUGUGUGAGAGUGUGUGUGCAGGUGAAUCGCGGAGUUUGUGCGUAAAACAUUGCAAUAUACGCGCGGCGGCCUUCCGACACUCCGGACUUGAUGCCUCUGGGCGACUCGAGCCACAGCUGAUAUUUUCUCCAUUUUCCCCGUGCGUGUACCAUGAGUGAAAAAUGACGUCGACCACUACAAUUCGAAAAUCGUACGGUAAUAGGAAACUGUACUCUCUGUAUCCGGACGAUUAUCCGUUGAAAAAUUCCAAAUUGAAGAUCAGCCCCACCACCCAGAACAGCCCGAAAAAAAGCGAGGAUGUGAGCAAGCUGAUCAAGUAUAUCGAAGACAACAUAGUCGGAAAAUCCAGCGCUUUUUUGGGGCCUUUCGGAAGACGUAAAGUUGUGUAUUGUGACUAUGCAGCAGCUGGUAGAUCUCUUCAAUUCAUCGAGGAGUACAUUCUACGCGAAGUCCUUCCCUGCUAUGGAAAUACCCAUUCUACCACGAGCAUAACAUCGUUACAAUCCACAUCCUUCAGACAAGAAGCCAGGGAGCUGAUCAAGAACUCGGUGAAUGCAAAUGACGACGAUGCUGUGAUAUUCACUGGCCAUGGUUGUUCAGACGCCAUAAAGAAGAUAAUAAGUGCCCUGGACCUCAGGGAACAACCUGUUGUUUUCACUGGUCCCAGCGAGCAUCAAGAUAAUAUCCUUUUAUGGCAGGAAGCAGGUGCAGAAAUGAUAAGGAUCAGAGAAACCAAGGAAGGCUUCCUGGAUCUUCAGUACUUAGAAAACCAACUUAAAUUCCACCAGAACUUCAACAGACUGAUGAUCGGCUGUUUCUCAGUAGCGUCAAACGUGACCGGGAUAAUCACGGAUGAUGUUGCCUGUACCAUUCUUCUGCAUCAAUACGGUGCGCUCUCUUUUUGGGAUUACAACAACGCGGCGCCUUCCAUCAACGUGGACAUGAACCCGGUAGUGCCUGGCGUCGAGGAAGGUGCCAAUGCCAACAAAGAUGCCAUAUAUUUCUCUGGUCAUAAGUUCAUAGGGGGAAUUCAAACGCCAGGUAUACUUAUAGCGAAAAAGAGCCUCUUUCGUCGAAUGAACAGAUGCGAAGGAGACGGUUUCUUCGUGAACGAACAGAACAAGACUUUGGAACUGCAAGAAGAGGGUAGCUGUGCCGCGAUGGUAGAAUCGAUAAGGGCCGGGCUAGUCAUUCAACUCAAGGACGCUGUCACUUCGUCCAUCAUCAUGCAACGUCAAGAAAAAAUCAACAAGCAAAUGUUGCAGCACAUCCGUACAAUCCCAGAACUGAUUUUACUAGGAAACAAUUCUUCGAAUCUAAAAAGACUGCCACUCUUCUCCUUCAUGGUCAGACAUCCAAGGGGACUGUACUUACACCAUAACUUCGUGUGUGCCGUAUUGAACGACAUAUUCGGAAUUCAGGCGAGGUCCGGCUGCCCUUGUUCCGGACCUUACGCCCAAGAACUCCUCGGUAUCGAUCACAGCCUGGCCGAUCAGUAUGAAAACAUAAUAUUGGAGGACAGGCGACUAAGCAGUUUGAACUUGGGCACCGACAAUUCGACCCUGGAACUCUUACGUCCUGGUUUCACCAGAAUAAGUCUCCCGUACUUCAUCAACGACAACGAACUGGCGUACAUAAUGGAGGCAGUCAAGAUGGUGGCCACGGAAGGCUGGAAGCUGCUCCCCCAAUACAUCGUGGACUUGGAAACCGGCGAAUGGAGGCACUACACCAACGCCAUCACCAAAGACCGCAAAUGGUUAUCAUCUGUCCGAUACGUAGACGGUAAGAUGACCAUGAACGAGAGGAGGAUAUCCGGUCCAGGCCUCUUCCCGCAAAACUACUCCGAAUGCCUCCAGACCGCCAGGAACCUGUUCAACCGAGCCAGAAAAUCAGCCAACAGGAAAUCCCUGAUAGACCAAGAGAUCACCUUCGAUACCAGAUGCGAAAAGAUCCGCUGGUUCAUGUUGCAGCAGGAGGCUCAAGAUCUGCUCACCAGCAACGCUCAAAACGUGAAACAGAACGUGCCCUUCGAUCCUUCCGUGAACUUCAAAACGAGCCCCGCCAAAGAAGACCAAUCGCAGUGUUCAAAAGUGCCACCUACCAAUAAUACGUCGCCGCGUCAUUACAGUUUUCCAUCCAUCGAAGACCCCAACAUCCUCACGUGUUCAUCUCCUGUGCCAUAUUUCUUAAGAGACGUGAACGGGGGGCUGUACUACCCCCAGAUCACCCAGGCCCCCAUGAAUUUCGCCAUAGGCGAAGCCGUCAACUCCGCCAAUCUGAACCAGCUCCACCAGAACUUCGUGAGGGAGAGGUGUUUGAGUCUGGGAACGCCGAACGUGUCUUCGCCGGUCUUGAGCCCGUCCACUAGGGCCAGUCUGGGGAUGGGAUACUUCAGGACCAGGAACAUGAGCUGCGGCAGUCAGAACGACAAUUCUUUGGAGUCGGACGCUAACCUCUCGCCCACCCACAGUCUGACGGUGUUGUCCAACGGUGGAUAUGACGUCCAUUCCAUCGGAAGGUCUUCCCCGGCUCCGGACUUACAGACCUACGUAACCGAGAUGACCAAAGAGCUAGCCACCAACAUAAAAUCCGAAAUACGCGAGGUAAUAUCGAAAGUUGAGGACGUGUUGGAGAAUACCGACAGUUUGCAGUCUUACAACGAAAGACACGGAAGUGGAAGUGAGGACGGUCGGAGUGAUUCUAUAUCUGCCAUAGAGGUGGCCGAGUACUUGGAGAAGGUGUCCAUAGAGAUGGCCAACGAGGUCAAGUCGGAGAUAAGGGACGUGGUUAGCGCUGUAGACGUGUUCAUAGCACCAGACAGUCAACAUUCUUACUCUAGGGCCUCCAGUUACGGAGAUGAUUCUUCUAGUUCGAAACAUCCGUUCUACACACCUGGUUCGAGUAGUGACACGGUUAUCCAAGUGGUGAACAGGACGAAUUCCACGCAGACCACUGCUGAAGAUGUACAGGAUACCGACAAAUACAAAAUGAAGGUGCUUCCAAACUCGGUCACCAGCGUCAGUUCUCAAGACAGCGGCAUCAACUUAUCCUUCCAAGAGGCGGAUCCGAGCAACAGCGCCUACACCAAAGAGAGGAGCAGCUCGGAAUCUCUGGGACAUAGAAAAACGGACAGGUGCGAGAUCAAAUUCUCCACCCUUCAGAAACAGAGGCCGUUCAGGGAGAGCGUGGAGGAAUCAGAUUCCGCCAGAUCGAACAACGGUCUGAAAUGUACCGCUAAGAACAUAUGGGAGCCUUCUUUGGAGGCGCUGCAGGAGUUCCAGAUGAUCAAGGACGGCGACAAGGUCAUGGUCUGUCUGUCGGGUGGCAAGGACUCUCUCAGUCUGUUGCACAUCUUGCUUCAAUACCAAAAGUUCUGCACCAAUAAGGGUUUGUUGUUCAGCUUGGGUGCUGUCACGGUGGAUCCGAUCAAUUCUGGAUGCGAUCCUUGUCUGCUGAUGUCGCACCUGAGGAACCUUGGGGUCCACUACAUCAUCGACGACAAGAAGAGUGAUUUGGACGACAUAUCAGAAUCUAUGGAAGAGGCCAAAGAGAGCGUUUGUACCUUUUCUUCUUCUUCGGUGAGGCAUCGUCUCUAUGCUUCGGCCAGGAGCUCUGGAUACAACGUGCUUGCGAUUGGUCAGCAUUUAGACGAUUUGUGCGAGAGUUUUCUACUCUCCGUUUUUCACACUGGGAAACUUCAAACCAUGAAGAGCCAUUAUCAUAUAAAAGAACACGAUCUCAGGAUAAUAAGGCCCUUCGUCUACGUUCGAGAAAAAGCCAUACGACAAUUCUCCACCGACCAGAACCUUCCGGCAAUGAUCAGUCCAUCCACCUUAGAAAUAACCAAAGAGAAGCAGCGCAUCCGGCAGCUCCUAGCUCAGCAGGAAAUCAUGUACCCCAAAUUGUUCCAAUGUUUCCGGUCCGCUCUGCAUCCGCUUCUGGUAUGUGCGGCCAGAGAGAUGAACAAGAAGAAGGACGGAAAGGAAGACGACAACGAGAGCGUCGAUUACGAGACUGAGGAGGAACCAGUUUCGCACUGAGUUUAGUUCGAACUGGAUUCGAAACGAGUGUUGAUUUGGACUGCGUUCAAGCUUGACCGAGUUUACAGUCUGAAUAAAGUGAUAAUGUGAAGGAUAGUAAGAGUGGGGAGUUUUUAUGGCGGUUUAUUUAUUUCGAGCUUCAGCCCAAAGAGAUGGAGCAAAAGAAAUCAUACUUGCUUCAAGAAUUAUUGACAGGACGUGGCAAUUUUGAGUUGGGAAAUUCAGGUUGGUUGGUUGGUACUCAUAAUAAACACCGAAGAUAUUUCGAAUUGUAUACCGUGGUUUAUGUUCUUGCUGAUUCAAUUGCUCCAUUUGAGUAUUUCUUCGGUUCAAAUAGAUGAAACUACAGAAACUACCAGUUAUUUUUUGUAAACCAUUAAUCUGCGUCUACUUCGAUACAAUUAUAAUUCUUGAAGCGAGUGUGUACGCAGAUUUUUCAAAAAUUUGAAAAAUGAACAUCUCUGUACCAAACGCUUUACAAAUCUCAAAAGUGACAGGACCUUUAACGGACAUUUCUUAUUAAGUUUUCGAAGAAUAUAAGCUUGACUCAAUUACAGCUAAAGAACUUGUGUCUAUCGUCGUAAGGCUUAAAAAUACAGGUGACUAAUGCUUGGAAGAAAUGUAUAUAUUAGGUUCCUACUCCUAACUUUGAAAUUUUUGUCUCUUUUAGUUUUAAUAACUUUCGGGAAAUACUGCAAGAGUAUUUCGAUAUAUUUCCAUUAAAUGGAAACGUUUUCUCGACUGAGUUAGAUUUUUAAAAUUUUAUUAUGGCAUAAAGCAAAAAACGUAUUUAUAGUUAUAUCGACAGUUUGAAUUUGUGAUACUGACUUGAUUUGAUUGGAAAUAUUUGUUAAUUUUGAUUUGAAAGAAUUUGUCCUUUGUAGUCUGUAAACCAAGGAUGGUAUAUAAUAUUGUUGAAGGUGAGAUAAGAUAUAUUUAAUAAUGUUAUGGAUAAAAUGUAUUUUUUUCUUAUUACAUAAUAAUAAAAUCUGAAAAUCGCUA